UAAUAUUUGUGUGAAUUUAGCACAGUCUAAAAUUUAAUCAAAUAAAAAAAUUAGAAAUUGUAUUUCAAGAAUUUUGGGUCACAAUACUAAGCCCAUAACUUAGGCCCAUAUUUUUUUGGUAUAAUAUUUUGUGGAGAUGAUGAAAAAAAUGACAAAACCCUUCCCUCUCCCUUUUUCCCAUUUUCCUGCCGAGCCGCCUCUUUUCCGCCUCCUCUCCGGUCUUCCUCCCUCUUCUCUCACCCCUUCCCCCUCCCUUUCGUCCCUUCCUGUCCAUCAGCCCCUUCCCCUUCCUCUCCCUCUCCAGCAGCUUGUUCCCCUUCCUCCAAACACCCCCCAGCCGCCUCUCACCCUCCCUCUUCCUCUUCUCCUUUCCCCCUCUAUCUCCCGUCGUCUCCUUCCUCUUCCUCUCCCCUUCCCCUUCUCUCACUCCUUCUUCCCUCUUCCAUCCGCCUUCCUCUUUCUUCCUCCCCUUCUCACUCGUCCAGCCACCACCCAAUCGUUCCUUCAUAAAAUACCAACAAACCCCCAAACCCCAUAUCCUUCUCCCUCCGACCAGCCAUCACACAUAUCACCACUCUCCCUCAAAAAUGGCUCCAUAGAGGGGUGUUGUAGUAUCACCAAAGAAGGAGGCGGCGGAAGAAGAUAUAAAGAGAGAGUCGGAGGUGAAUUUUGAGCAAGCAUGAGGGCAAAGCGAAAGAAGCAGCACCGCCAGUCCCCUCCCCCUUUCCCUUUUACGUUUUUUUUUUUGUUUUUUUACAGGUCCAACAGCUCCCACAUGUUGCCCUACUCCAAACUCAUUGCUCUCCACCAGCAACUCCAAGCUCAGGCGAAGUAACACGAACCAGCAAUCCAACAACCCAAACACCACGACAAAUUUCAAUCGCGGAAACAUUUAUUGUCUCCCAAUAUAUUGAACAUAUACACUUAUGGCAGCUCUCUCAUAGCAAAUGAUGAAACAACAUCAUGGCUUUCUCAAUCUGGAGAUUUUGCAUUUGGAUUCAAGAAAAUUCGAAGUCAAAAUCAGUUCUUACUUUGCAUAUAUUAUGCUAAGAUUAAAGAAGCCAACAUAAUUUGGUAUGCAAAUGGUGGUAACCUUGUGCCACGAGGCUCAGUCGCGGAGUUAAAUCCUCAAAAGGGACUCAUUCUCCGCGAUCCUAAAGGGAAAAUGAUCAUGUGGAGCACUGGUAGGAUUGAUUCUAAUGUUGCUUAUGCCGUCAUGAAUGAUACAGGAAACUUUGUUCUUGUUGGUGUUGGUUCUUCAGUAUUAUGGGAAAGUUUUCGAUAUCCGACUGAUACCCUUAUGCCUACUCAAAUGCUAGAGAUUAACAACAAGCUUGUUGUUCGAAAAUCUGAGUCUUUCUUUGGUCCUGGUAGAUUUUAUCUUCAUAUGUUGAGUGAUGGGAAUUUGGUUCUUGUUACUCAAUCCAAGCCAACGAAUUUCAAUUAUGAUGCUGAGUAUUACAAUAGUCAUACUUCUGAUUCAGGAGAUGAAGCCAAUUCUGGUUAUCAAUUGAUAUUCGAUGAGUUAGGUUCAGUUUACAUAUUGAAAAGGAACAAUCAAAGACUUGUGUUGACACCUCCUAAUGUUCCUUCAAUUUCAGAAAAUUAUCACAGGCUAAGUCUUGAUUUUGAUGGUGUUUUAACUCAUUAUUAUCGUCCAAAGAGUACGUCUACGGGGGAUCAAAAGUGGAGUACUCUUUGGUCUUUGCCUAAUAACAUAUGUCUAGCAAUUGUUGAAGAUAUUGGAAGUGGAGUUUGUGGAUUCAACAAUGUGUGUCAUAUAGGUGAAAAUCAGACCAUAUUGUGAGUGUCCAAAAGGGUAUUCGUUGAUCGAUCCGAAUAACAAGUAUGGGAGCUGUAAACCAAAAUUUGUCCCUAGUUGUGAUGAAUUUGGACAGGGAAAUCCUGAAGAUUUAUAUGAUUUUGAUGUGGUGACUGAUGUUGAUUGGCCGUUAUCAGAUUUCGAGAGGAUUUAUCCUUCUGCUGAAGAGGAAUGCAAGAAGGCUUGUUUAGAAGAUUGUUUCUGUGCUGUUGCUAUUUAUAGAAGCAAUAGUUGUUGGAAGAAGAAACUUCCAUUGUCAAAUGGGAGAGUAGAUACCUCUUUGAAUGUAAAAGCUUUUCUUAAAAUAAGGAAAGUUUGAACGUAACAACUUCUUAAAUUCGAUAUAAUGUAUUGUCUGCUA